AUGUUGCUGCACAAACUGUUUGUUUGGAUUCUCUCCAUCCUGUGUGGCGCUGAUGUGUGCUUGGCGUUUGCGUACGACCGGCCCAGACGCUCAGGAGAGGACGGGGCUUCAGCCAGGACAGACUCUCGCUCAGCGUCUCCAUACGUGGCGACCUUGGGCUCCUGCAGGAACAGGUGUUUUGAGCUGGUAGAGUUGGAGGCUCCUCAUUGUCGCUGUGAUAACCUGUGUAAAACGUACAACAGCUGCUGCUCUGACUUUGAUCAGCUCUGCCUCAGGACAGAAGGAGGUUAUGAGUGCAGUAAAGAUCGCUGUGGAGAAACUCGAAAUGACCAACAUGCCUGUCACUGCUCUGACGACUGUCUGUCCAGAGGAGACUGCUGCACCAACUAUAAGACACUCUGCAGAGGAGACACUUCAUGGCUGCAGGAUGAAUGUGAGGAGAUAAAGACAGCUGAAUGUCCUGCUGGGUUUGUGCGUCCCCCGCUCAUCAUGCUGUCUGUUGAUGGAUUCAGAGCUUCGUAUGUGAAGAGAGGAAGCAGCAUCAUACCCAACAUCGAGAAACUGAGAACAUGUGGGACCCAUGCUCCAUACAUGAGGCCAGUCUACCCCACAAAGACCUUCCCCAACCUCUACUCACUAGCUACGGGUCUCUAUCCAGAGUCUCAUGGUAUCGUUGGAAACUCCAUGUAUGACCCAGUGUUUGAUGCCACCUUCACCUUGAGAAGUCGAGAGAAACUCAACCAUCGGUGGUGGGGAGGACAGCCAAUCUGGAUCACAGCACAGAAACAAGGAGUGAAGGCUGCCACCUUCUUCUGGCCCGUCGUUAUCCCGCUGGAGAGGCGGAUACUGACUAUGCUGCAGUGGCUGCACCUUCCAGAGGGAGAGAGGCCUUAUGUUUACGCCAUGCACUCGGAACAACCAGAUGCAUAUGGACACAAAAUGGGGCCGAUGAGUGCAGAACUCAACAAUCCUCUGAGAAUGAUCGACAGAAUCGUUGGCCAGCUGAUGGACGGACUCAAGCAGAUGAAACUGCACCGCUGUGUUAACAUCAUCCUGGUGGGAGAUCAUGGUAUGGAGGAAGCCCACUGUGACCGCACUGAGUUCCUCAGUAACUACCUGAACAACGUCGAUGACAUCAUCCUCACCCCUGGGUCUCUGGGUCGAAUACGACCGAGAAACCCCAACAAUACCAAAUAUGAUCCCAAGGCUGUUGUUGAAAAUCUGACUUGUAAGAAAACAGACCAGCACUUUAAGCCGUACUUGAAGCAGCACCUGCCAAAGAGACUGCACUACGCUAACAACCGGCGUAUUGAAGACAUUCACCUGCUGGUGGAGAGGAAGUGGCAUGUUGCCAGGAGGGUUCCUGAAGGGAGGAGGCACUGUGGCUUCUCUGGUGAUCAUGGAUAUGACAAUAAGAUCAACAGCAUGCAGACUAUUUUCUUAGGGUAUGGACCUACUUUUAAAUUCAAGACUAAAGUUCCAGCCUUUGAAAACAUCGAGCUCUACAACGUUAUGUGUGAUCUCCUGGGUCUGAAACCAGUUCCCAAUAACGGCACUCACGGCAGUCUGAACCACCUGCUGAGAGCGCCCCCCUUCAGACCCACCAUGCCAGAGGAGGUUUCCCGGCCCGCGGCCUCUGGUCUCGUUCCUGCAGGUGCAGAUGACCUAGGCUGCAGCUGUGACGACAAGAACAAAGUGGAGGAGCUAAACCAGCGACUGAGGCAAGCUAUGGAUGACAGCAGAAACCUGCCACACGGUCGACCUGCUGUCCUCUUCCGUACCAAAUACUCCAUCCUCCACCACAGCGACUACAUCAGCGCCUACAGCGAGUCUCUCUAUAUGCCUCUGUGGACGUCCUACACCGUCAGCAGACAGGUAGAAGUGUCUCCUCUGCCUGAGGCUCUGUCAAAUUGUGUGAGACCGGACACCAGAGUCCCUCCAGCCUACAGUCAGUCCUGCACCAACUACAGAGCAGACAAGCAGAUCACCUACGCUUUCCUCUACCCUCCACAGCUGUCAUCAACAACAGACAAAAAAUACGAUGCUGUCCUCAUCACUAACACAGUCCCUAUGUAUCCUGCAUUCAAGAGGAUAUGGAGUUACUUCCAGAGAGCGCUGGUUAAAAAAUACGCCACAGAGAGAAACGGGGUGAACGUGCUCAUCGGACCCAUAUUUGACUACGACUUUGACGGAGUCAGAGACUCAGCAGAGAAGAUCAGAGAGUAUGUAAGUGGGAUGAUCCCGAUCCCCACUCACUACUUUGUGGUGCUGACCAGCUGCCUGGACUUCACACAAGCUGCAGACUCCUGCAGCGGCCCGCUCAGCAGUGCUGCCUUCAUCCUUCCCCACAGACACACCAACGAUGAGACGUGCAAUAGCUCAGAGGAGGAGUCUCGCUGGGUGGAGGACCUGAUGAAGAUGCACACUGCCAGAGUCAGAGACGUGGAACUGCUAACGGGCCUGGACCUUUACCGCAGAACCACGCGGAGCUACGCUGAAAUCCUCUCGCUGAAGACGUACAUGCACACCUACGAGAGUGAGAUCUGAUCUUUGCUGGCUCUGGG